GCGGGCUAUUUCCUAGCUCGGGGCUCGGGGCCUUUUGUUUGCAGCAGCUGCUGAGGUUGGGGGGUUCGGGGGGCACCCCCACAACUCCCCGGAGCGGAGAGGCGUGUGGAGAGGCCCCAGCUCUCGGGGUUCCUGCUCCAGCCCUCGUGGGGGUGGGCGCCCCGCCCUCGGCCCGCCCCGUGGGUGGGGAGGACCGGCGGGCCCAGGCCCAAGCCUAAGCCCUGCACCCUCCGCCUUGCAGCCCUUCUGCCCUCGGUGCCCCAGACCCAAGGCCGCCCUGCGCUCCUCGGGCCUUCACCAUGAAGAUCAAAGAUGCCAAGAAACCCUCUUUCCCAUGGUUUGGCAUGGACAUUGGAGGGACUUUAGUAAAGCUCUCGUAUUUUGAGCCCAUUGAUAUCACAGCAGAAGAAGAACAAGAAGAAGUUGAAAGUUUAAAAAGUAUCCGCAAGUAUUUGACUUCUAAUGUGGCAUAUGGCUCCACUGGAAUUCGGGACGUACACUUGGAACUCAAGGACUUAACCCUUUUUGGUCGAAGAGGGAACUUGCACUUUAUCAGAUUUCCAACCCACGACUUGCCUACUUUUAUCCAAAUGGGAAGAGAUAAGAACUUCUCCACAUUACACACGGUGCUCUGUGCAACUGGAGGUGGUGCUUACAAGUUUGAAGAAGAUUUUCGUACAAUUGGAAACCUCCACUUGCACAAACUGGAUGAACUUGAUUGCCUUGUAAAGGGCUUGCUGUACAUAGACUCCGUCAGUUUCAAUGGACAGGCAGAAUGUUAUUAUUUUGCCAAUGCCUCAGAGCCUGAGCGAUGCCAAAAGAUGCCUUUUAACCUGGAUGACCCUUACCCGCUGUUGGUCGUCAACAUCGGCUCUGGAGUCAGUAUUUUAGCAGUCCAUUCCAAAGACUGCUAUAAACGAGUCACUGGGACAAGCCUUGGUGGGGGCACCUUCCUAGGAUUGUGCAGUUUAUUGACGGGCUGCGAAAGCUUUGAAGAGGCUCUUGAAAUGGCAUCCAAAGGAGACAGUACCCAAGCUGACAAGCUGGUCCGUGAUAUUUAUGGAGGAGACUAUGAAAGAUUUGGUCUGCCUGGGUGGGCCGUAGCAUCCAGCUUUGGGAAUAUGAUUUAUAAGGAGAAGCGAGAAGCUGUUAGUAAAGAGGAUCUAGCAAGAGCCACCUUAGUGACCAUCACCAAUAACAUCGGCUCUGUGGCACGGAUGUGUGCUGUUAAUGAGAAAAUAAACAGAGUUGUCUUUGUCGGGAAUUUUUUACGGGUCAACACUCUGUCAAUGAAACUUCUGGCAUAUGCACUGGAUUACUGGUCGAAAGGCCAACUGAAGGCGCUGUUUCUAGAGCAUGAGGGGUACUUUGGAGCAGUUGGUGCACUUCUUGGACUGCCAAAUUUCAGCUAAAGCAUCGGCUUUAUCUCUGCUAAUAAGUAUGACGCAAGAGGAAGCAAGAACCAGAGGCACUAUUACUGCAUUAUUUGUCACUGGGCACCAAAGGAGUUAAGAAAAAAAAAGUGGUUGAUUUUUUUUUUUUUUUAAUGUCAAAAUGGUAAGCUGCUAAGUCGCCGUAUCGGAAAAGAGCUUUGUAAUAUGAAGUGUUUCGAACAGAAAUGCUUUCCCCUUUUGUAUGCUCAGAGUUGAGUCCUCGAUGCAAUACGACCUCUGAUCAUUGAACUUCUUGUCUGGAAAGUUUUCUAUUUAUUUUAUGUACCAGCAUUUCAGUACUGUAUGCUAAACCAAUCUUUUAGUUCAUGAGAAUAAUUGAUUCUGAAUACUUGUUACCAAUCUGUUCUUUGGGGUUAUUCGUGAACAGACAGUAACACAAAAUUUAAUGAAAUGGCAAUCAGACAAAGAUGAACAUUUUUCUGGGAUUUUAGACACAUGAAGGCAAUGUUAUUGUUAUUUUUAUUAUUGUAGUUUUUCAGUCACCUCACCAAAAGCACGUUUAUUGAUUUUUCACUCUUAAACUUUUCCCAGAUGCCAUAAUUCGGUUUACACUGUGUUAAAUUAGUACCCUAAUUUAAACAUGAAUUCUAGAACAUUUUUGGAAUAUGAAUUUUUUUUUCAGAGUGGAGACUUAG